AUGAGGCUGCUCAAAGCCGAUGGUCGCAUCAAAGUACCAGAUGCAAACGACAACGGCGGCAACCGCAUGUCCAUAGCCAGCAACAGCGUAGCAUCACGGGCUGCCGUGGCUAACACGGGCAUAGCAGCCUUAGCCAUCUCUGACAUGCCACUCUUGAAUCCCGACUUCCGCGGACCCGCCAUCUCCUCGCAUAAGCUGACUUGGACCACACGCUCAUCCAAGGACCUGGGUAUCGACGGGAAGCUGACUUUGACGGUACGGGGUAGCAACGACACCUCCAAGACUGUGAGCCUGGCGGCUUGUGUGCUUCGCUUCAAUGUUGGGGAGGAUGAGGACAAGGGGUGCUGUUUAGGGUUGGGAGAAGUUGAGGGGGAGAAGAAGGAGGAACAAGACGAUGAGCCCAAGCCGGAGGAUACUGUGACACUCACUUGGUCCCCCGACGUGUACACGACCACCGCGACCAUCAACAGCCCCAAGGACACGCCAGUGGUAUUGCCAGGACCAAACCCGGCACAGGAGCCUACCGUCGUCCCAUAG